CGACAAAAAGUAAAAAUAAAAAAAAUGCAAGCUACAAAACCAGUUCUGAAAGAAAAUCCAAGAAAGGAGCCUAGGGCUACCUCCAUCAUGUUAAUGUGACGGAACUCCAAUCCAGUUGACCAUUCUCCCUUUCAACAUCCAAGGUAACAACACUAACUUCCGAUUAAUAAUGUUUCAUCACUCACCAAUCUGCUGUUCAGCUCGAUACAUUUUACAUACACCAAUCUAGGGUUUGUGUUGUUAGAUCCUUAUAAUAUCACCUGUGAUGAUCGGAACACACCCAGUUGAUGUGAAUUCAGGUUGUUGAAAUUUGAAAGCAUGGUAGUAGGGUUACGAGAUGGUUUUGAUUCUAAUUCUAGGUCUAGAACACAGAAUGAGGGGAGGCUGUUAAGUUAUUUUGGCCAAACUAGUGGUUCAAGAAACACUAGCCCAGUUAACCGGGCACUCGGGUUCAGGAGCCCGAGCCCGAGCCGGUGUCGACAGAAGGUGAUCAUGACGAAACCGAGGGGUCUAGAUGAGGAGAUGGUUGCCACAUUUGCAAAGGCUCCACACGGACCACACCCGGAUGUUUAUAUGGAAGAUAAUAUAUGGGCUAUGCUGCCUGAAGAUUUAUUGAAUGAAAUAUUAGCUAGGGUUCCGCCUUUUAUGAUAUUUCGGCUUCGUUCGGUUUGUAAGAGGUGGAAUUCGAUAUUGCAGGAUGAUGGUUUUUUAAAGUUUCAUUCGCAAGUUCCGUCGCACGGGCCUUGCCUGAUUACGUUUUGGAAGAAUUCGCAAGUGCCGCAGUGCUCGGUUUUUAGCUUGCCGUUAAAGCAAUGGUAUAAAAUUCCUUUCACGUUUUUGCCGCAAUGGGCGUUUUGGUUGGUUGGGUCGUCGGGCGGACUUGUUUGCUUCUCGGGUCUUGAUGGUUUGACUUUCAGAACAUUGGUAUGUAAUCCUCUUACGCAAAGCUGGAGAGCGUUACCAAGUAUGCAUUAUAACCGGCAUAGACAGUUGAUUAUGGUUGUUGAUAGAAAGAAACGGUCUUUUAAGGUUAUUGCGGCUAGUGAUAUUUAUGGGGACAACAAAUCAUUACCGACCGAGGUGUAUGAUUCGAAACGGGACAGUUGGUCGCUUCACCAAACAAUGCCUACUGUAAAUCUUUGCUCAUCGAAGAUGGCGUUUUGUGACUCGAAGUUAUACUUGGAAACAAUUUCGCCUCUUGGUUUGAUGAUAUAUCAUUUGGAUGCAGGGUACUGGGAACAUAUACCGGCAAAAUUUCCGAGAUCUUUGUUGGAUGGGUAUUUGAUUGCGGCUACACAAAAGCGUUUGUUUUUGGUUGGGAGAAUCGGUCUUUAUAGUAAUCUUCAAAGUAUUAGAAUCUGGGAAUUAGAUCAUGCAAAAGUGAUUUGGAUUGAAAUAAGUAGAAUGCCACCAAGGUACUUUAGAGCGCUCUUGAGGUUAUCAGCGGAGAGAUUCGAGUGUUUUGGACAAGAUAAUUUGAUCUGUUUUACGUCUUGGAAUCAAGGGAAAGGUCUGCUCUUUGACGUUGAUAAAAAGGUGUGGUCUUGGAUUGCAGGCUGUGCUCUACAAACGUAUAACAGUCAGGUCUGUUUCUAUGAACCACGGUUCGAUGCUUCAAUCUACUGAACUGUUAGAAUUGGUCAAAUAGUUCUAGCCCGAAGGUUCUCUAUGGCUCCAAUAUGGUCAUGACCGAUGCCUAUCUGACCUAUUUGGUCCAUCUGCUAAAGGCAACAUUGUUCGUACACAAACAAGAGCAUUCGAGCACUGGGGAUGAUACAAUUUUUUUAAAAUUUUCGUUUAAAAGUAGCUGUAUACUCUUUGAAAUUGGUUCAUACAUGCAAGUUGCCUUAUUCAACUUGUUUUUUUUUUUUUGGUUCUUAAAAUGUUCGUUUCAGGCUGUUUUUGUA